AUGCCGGCGGGUAAGGAGAGCGAAGGAGGCGGCGAUGGGACGGUGAAAAGGACGACGUUCCGGCCGCCAUGGGUGAAAGAAGGACCGACGCCGUUGCCGACGCCCGCCCAACCUUGGGCGUUGAAAACGACGCCCAGAAGGGACAGCAACGUGUCCAAUUCGGACGCGAGCGAAAAGGACAACGCGUACAAUCCUUUAGCUGAAGUGCAACUGAAACCCACCAAAGUUAACAAAAAACCCGAACCGGAGGAGAACGGAGAAGGCGUUAGAAAAAACAAAAUUCUAGACGGUGUAAAAUUGCGAAAAAUCAAGAAAAACGAACCGAAAGAGAUACCCGAAAACGGCGCCAAAGAGAGUUUCUUCCAAAAACCGGCCCUCAAACCGGUACCCCAAAGGGAGGCGUCGCCCCCCAAAAAGGACUUCAAACUGAAGAACCUCCCCACCUUGCAAAAGGCCUCCGAGAGGGUGCUCAAAAACCCCCCGAGGAGGCAAUCCAACAAAUGCGAAACCUCCUCCGAUGAGGAGGAAACCGACGAGGACUCGGACGAGGUCGAAUUAGAUAAGGAGAUGCCGCAGAAGCGCAACGCCCUCGUCAGGGAGGCCUCGAUGCGCCGUCUAUCCCAAACGAACGUCCCGCCGCCGCCGCCACUCAUGCCUGGCGCGCCGCCCCCGCCGCCCCUCAUGCCCGGCGAGCCGCCCAAGAAGUCGUUGACCGACAAGCAGAAGAGCCGGCUGAACAAGCUCCGGGCCCGCCCCAAGAACCGACCCGAUUGGAACAAUCUGCUGCAGGAGAUCGAGGCCAAGCGACAGCUGAAGCACGUCGUCUGCAACGACAGAUCGAACCCGAUACUGCAGGAGACCACCAGCACCGCCGACAAGCACGUCAUCUACAAGAGCGAGGAGGCUAAUGUUCACAAUGAGCUGCUCAAACAGAUAGAAAAAGGUAUACAUUUGAAGAAAGUGAAGACCAACGACAGGAGCAAACCGGUCCUGGACGGUCUCAGGAAGUUCCGAAGGCAAAUGACGAUAGAAGAACAAAUCCAGAAAUCCAUAUCAAUGGCCAGCAUGCCGCCAGAGGAGAUCCAGACGGACGAAAUCGACGAAAUGGACGACAUCGACAAGGUCAGGGACGACCUGCAAAGUACCAAGCAAAUGCUGGCGUUGGAGCUGCGCAACAAGGAGGCCUUGGAACGGGAAAACAAACGGCUAUCGUCGAGGAUCCAGAAUCUGGAAGCCGAACUGGAGAAGGAAAAGGGUCGGGCCAAAGGCGACGGCAAACCCGGCGACGCCACCGCCGACGAAAAGGUGAUAAAGGGAUUGAAGAGCGAGGCGGAGGAGGCGAGAAGAACGUCGCGGGAAUUGGAGAAGAAAUACGACAAGGCGGCCGAGGAAUUGGACUCGGCCAAAUCCAAGAUGGACGAACUCAAGCGACAGAAUCAAUUGUUAGAGAAGAAAUUACAGGAGGCCCUGAUGGGUAAGAGACCGUCGAUAAGCGACCGGAAGCACAGCCAGGAAGAAGAAGACGAUCCGGAGGAGGAGGAACCCGAAGAAGAAAGCGAAGGCGAGGACGACGAGACGAAGAAAGAGAAACGCCUGGCGAAGGAAGUGAAGCAACUGAAGAAGAAACUGCAAAGCCUGAAGACCAAGGAAGACAACGCGAAGAAAGAGAGACGGGCGCUCAGAGACAUCAUCAAAAAACACCAAACGGAAAUGAAGGAGGAGAAGAAGAAGUACAAACAGCUGAAGAAAGAAGUCGACAAAAUGGCGGCCUUGAUGAAAGACACCGACGAAGCGGAGGACGACGAAGAAGACGACGACAGCGAUAAGAAGAACAAGAAAAUAAACGAAGAAGACGAAGACGAAGAAGACGAGGAGGAAGAGGAUGAAGAAGAAGACGAAGACGACGAUAGCGAAGAGAGCGAAGAGAGCGAGGAUUCGGAGCAAUCGCAGAGCGAAGACGAAGAGGCGGACAACGAGAGAAAGAAGAAGAAUUUGACGGGGAGAACGAAGAAGCACGAGAACCGUUUGAAUGCGCUGAAAAAGGGGAAUUUCCUGUUGAAGACGAACGCCGAACGGCUGCAGGACGAUUUGAACAAGCAGAAGGAGACCACUGUGAUGCUGCAGGAGGAUCUCGAUUCCGUCCUAUCGGAAUUGGGUUAG